UGUCCUACAAUGGCUGCCGUCAGCAGGAACUGUCAUUUCAGGGAGCCCAGAACACCGUUCAGACGGAAAAUAAUGCCUUUUAAAUCAUACACAACCUUCGCUUUUCUGAUCGUUAUUGCAAGUCAGUGUUUUGCGGAGGAAGAACAUGAAAUGGAAGAGUUUUUGAAACGGGAAUAUUCCCUAUCCAAGCCGUACCAAGGUGUGGGAUCCUUGGGCUCCUCCCAUUGGGAGCUGAUGGGGGACGCCAUGGUAACCACCGACCAGGUGCGCCUCACACCUGACAAGCAGAGCAGACAGGGGGCAGUGUGGAGCCGCAUGCCGUGCCAUCUGAAGGACUGGGAGAUGCAAGUGCACUUUAAGAUUCAUGGUCAAGGAAAAAAGAACCUGAACGGUGAUGGGCUGGCCAUUUGGUACACCAAGGAACGCAUGAAGAAAGGUCCUGUAUUUGGAAAUAUGGACAACUUCACAGGCUUGGGUGUGUUUGUGGACACAUAUCCCAAUGAGGAGAAACAGCUAGAGGCGCAGAAGAAAAGAUAUACUCCUCGCACACAGAGGAUCUUCCCCUUCGUCCUGGCAAUGGUCGGCAAUGGCACCAUGAGUUACGACCAUGAGCGAGACGGGCGGCCCACAGAGCUGGGAGGCUGCAACGCCAUGGUGCGCAACCUCAAACAUGACACCUUCCUCUUCAUCCGAUACAUCCGCCGCAGGCUCACGGUGAUGAUCGACAUUGAAGGACAACAUGAAUGGAGGGACUGCCUGGACAUACCCGGAGUGCAGCUUCCUAUGGGCUACUAUUUUGGAGCUACAGCCCUGACAGGAGACCUCUCAGACAACCACGACAUCAUCUCCCUGAAACUCUACCAGCUGACGGUCCUGCGGAGUAAACAGGAAGAAGAGGAGGAGGCGGAGGAGAUAACCAUACCCAGUGUUGACAACUUUGAGCUACUUAAACUGGGUCAGAUUGAUGAAGGGAUGAGUGGACUGGCCAUAUUUUUCACUGUCCUCUUCUCCAUGCUGGGUUGUAUCUUCCUCAUUGUAAUCGGCCUGGUGGUGUACAGCCACUGGAGUGAGAGCCGACGCAAGCGCUUCUACUGAAAGCCGGAGAGGGUGAUAGUAAAAAAAGACUGAGGUCUGUGAACCCAGCCGCACUGAGACACGUAAGCCCCCCCUGCUGUGGGCCAGUACAGCUCAGUGAGGAGAACACUGUAAUGACCAGAGAUGAAGUCACCUGCUACAACUAAAGCCAUCUUCAAACUCUGCCGUUGGUAGUCAUGAAGCAGUAGAAGGACUUCAUUUUACACCUCAGCCACUGCCUGACAUGCACCAACUUGGCCUUACCAUCUCCACCUCUGUUACACAACAGGUCUCUACAACAGAGGUCUCUAUGGUGAUUUUUUUGUUAGUGUUAUUAAAUUUGAUUGCUUUGAGAGAUUUGUUCAUACAAUGAGAGUAUCCAUCGUGUUCAUACUAGUGAUCCAACUGACUCCAACCAAAUAGCUCUACAAUAAUGACUGAAGAGGAGCAGAGCUGUGUCUCCACUGUAGCUUUUAUUCUCUGUGCAUUAGAAAGAAAAAACAAUCCAGUGCUUUAACACUGUCAUUUUGACUCAAAGUACUGUAUGAUAUAUUCUCAUCCUGUAAGUGUAGUAUGCAUGAUGUUUCUGAGAGUAUUUUUAUGGAUCUUAGAUGAGUUUUAACGCCUGUGUAAGGCGUUUGAAAAGCUGUUUUUGUCUCGUUGAUGCAUGUUGUGAGGAUUUGUGUGUUUUCAGGGAAAAAAAUCUAUAACUCUAAUAAAUCGUAGUUUUUUCAACAAUCUUACUGAAUAUUUAUAUUCAUAUUUGUUUUCCACAGAUUUUAUGAAACAAACAGAAGAUUAAUAAGUCAGUUGAAAGCAAAUUCCUCCAAUUAUAUAUUUAAAUAUAUACGUUCAAAGUCUGCCUUGCACUGAAUGAAGAGGGCGCAGAGAAUUUUAAAGACUACUCAAUAUAAUAAUAUAACUCUAAUAAUAAUAUAACUAUAACCUGAUCCCUUUUGUUUACACUUUUGUUGUGUCUUUGCACAUUGAAAUGUAAAAUGUCCUUAUGUUUGUGUUUUUCUUUUGUGUUAUAUUUAAAAGCACCAACCUUCAUAAAUCAUGUGUUGACUCCACUCUCUAAUUUAUGUUCAGGAAAUCAGGCCUCCGUCUGUUUUGAGUUUUUCUUCAAUCAUGCUGUGUGAGGACGUUCUUGGUUCUUACAGCCACUUUGACAACCAUCCUACAUUAUUUAUAUACUAUAGUGUGAAUAUUUGUCACCUUCUGUUUGUUCGGUAUGAAAACUGUGUGCCUCAUGUAUCCAUUGUGUGCCCCACAGACUACAUUCUGUGACUAUCUUUGUCCUGAAUGUAUUUCAUGAAUCAUUAAAGAAAAGUUUAAGACCUA